AUGAGUGAAUUUGCUUUACAAAAGAACGUUCCUUUGGGAUUUGCUGACCUAGGUUUACUUGCUACAGUGGAACUACAAAUAAUACAUGUUUAUGAUAAAUCUCGUGUAGUCGUUCUUUCAAUUGAUAGUGAGAAAAUUCGUGAUAGUAAUAAAAUCAUGCUUAUGAGAUUUAAUCAAUCCAUUGAUCCACGACCUGGAUAUAUCCGUGUCAUUAUUAUUGAAUGGUCAAUAAAAUCCUCAAUUCCCAUAGCACGCAUUGUUUCACUAGAUACUCAACGUAGUUAA